UUAUACUUCAUCUUUGCUAGUAUGUAGUUUGUGCUUUAGAAUUAAAUAAAGUGUUGGUUCAUUGUGUCUAUCGAUAGUUGCAAUUACAAUUUUAGUUUACAAUGCCGUUAGAAAAUCUUGAAGAAGAAGGUUUGGAGAAGAAUCCGAAUCUAGAAUUAGCACAAACAAAAUUUUUGUUGAGUUUGCCUGAACAUAAAGAUGAUCCUUUCUUGAAGAAUAAACUGCUAGAUGCUAUUAAAGCAGAAAAUAUGGCUCCAUUUUAUGAAGAAGUAUGUAAAGAUUUGGAUUGGCCUGUAGAUGAUGCCCUUUUAUCUGAAAUGAAGGCUCGCAAUAUGGAAAAAUUAAAAGAACUCGAUGAUGCGAUUGAGGAUGCUGAAAAGAAUUUAGGAGAAAUGGAAGUUCGUGAAGCCAAUUUAAAGAAAUCUGAGCAUCUUUGCAGAAUAGGAGAUAAAGAAGGUGCUAUCUCUGCAUUUCGAAAAACUUAUUAUAAAACUGUAUCUUUGGGGCACAGAUUAGAUAUUGUAUUUCAUAAUAUUAGGAUUGGAUUAUUUUAUUUGGAUCAUGAUCACAUUACAGCCAGCAUAGAAAAAGCUAAGAGUUUAAUCGAGGAAGGUGGUGAUUGGGAUAGAAGAAACCGUCUUAAGGUUUAUCAAGGAACAUAUUGUAUAGCAGUACGAGAUUUCAAAGAAGCUGCAAAUUUCUUUUUGGAUACAAUUAGCACAUUUACAAGUUAUGAGCUUAUGGAUUAUAAUACAUUUGUUAGAUAUACAGUAUACUUAAGUAUGAUAAGUUUACCAAGGAAUGAGCUCAGAGAUAAAAUCAUUAAAGGAUCAGAAAUUUUGGAAGUGCUUCACAGUAAUCCAGAUGUGAAAGAUUACUUGUUCUCUUUAUAUAAUUGUCACUAUGCUGAUUUCUUCAAGAAUCUUGCACAUGUUGAAGGCUUACUGCGCAGGGACUAUUUAAUAUUCCCGCAUUAUCGGUAUUAUGUUAGAGAAAUGCGCAUUCUUGCGUAUACGCAACUUUUGGAAUCGUAUAGAUCUCUAACACUGCAAUACAUGGCAGAAGCUUUUGGCGUUACAGUAGAAUAUAUUGAUCAGGAACUCUCACGUUUCAUUGCAGCUGGAAGAUUGCAUUGUAAAGUUGAUUGUGUUGGUGGAGUAGUCGAAACCAAUAGACCAGAUAGCAAAAAUUGGCAAUAUCAAGCUAUGGUUAAGCAGGGGGAUUUGCUGCUUAAUAGGGUGCAAAAAUUAUCACGUGUUAUUAAUAUUUAAUUAUAUAAAAAAUAAAUCAUAAUAAUUCAAUAUCAAACGAGAAAACCUACUUAUUUGCAUGUUUGAAAUUCUUCUAAACUAAUUUGUAACAUAAUUAACAUUAAUUUUGUAUCAAAGAACUUCAUUAUAAUUACUCAAUUUUAUGAUAAAAAUACACAUAUUAAAUGUGACUAUUGAUAAGAA